AUGAGGGUCUUUCACUCCAAACAUCAAAAGUUGAUCCUUCAAUGCUAUCCCGCUGGUAAAGCUCCCGACAAAAAACCAAACUCAUCAGAGCUCAGUUAUUUAUUAUACUAUGCUCUGACCCGUCGAAUUAAAUUGGAAAAAGUUUCGGUUUUCUUGGACCGCAAAACCGCCUCUGACUCCCACCAUAAUCGCACGGGAAAUGUUCUCGUUAGUCUUUCCAUUGUUGCUGCUCUUAUUGAACGUUGUGCUGACAAUCUUAAUGUCUUUGCUCCAUAUGUUUGCUCAAUUCUCCUGCUGGCGCUCAAAAUCCAAGAUAUUGCCGUGGCUCGUGAAGUAGUACUGACCUAUGGUACUUUUUGUACUCAUUUGGACCUGGCUCUUUUCUCUGGUGACAAAGAUUUUGUGGGUAAGUUCUCCGAUUUGUCACAGGAAUUGGUCAAUAUAGGUGAAAACAAACAGGGUCCUAAUAAGUUGGAAUGGAAGCUAUUGUCGCUCACCUCGUGUAGAUACGUUUUCUCGUGUCUGGGCUAUUCCAAACUUAGCAAAAAGUUCAUCCGUUCUUGCAUGCCAAUUUUGGUUGAUUUUGUCCGCGAGCAUGUCACCGAGGAGGAGUUGAAAUCUCGUGUCAGUUCACAGAUUAAGGUGGAAAACGACGCACACGUCUCCAGAGUGAUCCUGAACAGGCUCAGUACCUACAAAAAUGGAUCCGAACAGUCUAUUCUGGAAGAAACUCUUGUGGAAGAAGCAUUUUCUGCCCUCCGUACUCUCUUCAACACCUCAUCUCUGUCGCAAAUUGUCGAGGCAACAUUUGAAUUGGUGAAACAUUGCUAUACUGUUCGUGCCCCCAACUCGUGGGGCACUUCUUUCCUUGCGUUGUGUACAACCUGGAUCCCGGUGCAACUUCGGUUCACUGCGUUAUCGCUCUUGCAAAAACUUGAUUCCCUGGACUUGGAUUUCGAACUCCAAAAACACUAUGCCAGCUACGUAUUGGCAUUGGUGUCCCUGGAUGUCAAUAUGAUUGGACUUUCGAUAUCAGAUAUCAUGCAACAAUUAUUGACAUUGCAAAGCAAAUUGUUUUUGACCCAAGCUGAAAAGUUUGAAUCUGAUGAAGUACGACAACUUUCUUCCUUGUACUCUCAAUGUAUCUGCAACUUGAGUACCCAUAUCUACUAUUUUGACCAGGUUCCAGAUUCAGUCCAAGAGAUCUUGUUUAAAAUUGAUACCGUUUUUCUUCUGGCUCCACUGUCACCUUCACAAUCAAAGCAGGUGUAUGAUUUGGUAAUGACUCUUUUGGGUGACAUUGCCAAUAUACUCACCACCCUUCGCAAGAAGUCGAGCAUCAUUACUCGUAACCAAGUGACUCUUGAGCACUGGGAGAUAAGUUUGCCGUUGUUAGCACCUCCACUGGAAGAUGCUUCCAACAGUGAGUUACCUAAAAACCUACUUUCAAAAAUCCAAAUACGCUACUUGGAGGUUUUCCAAGAUUUCUUGAAGCAUGAACUUGUUCUGGGAGAUGAUAAGAAAACCCAGGUAAGCAACCUUAGUUCCGAAAGUAUCCAAGAUAUCAAUGAGUUUACCAAGCCCGAUUUCAACGAUUAUAUCACCGAACUGGAGAACUUUAUUUGUCAAUUUUUCAUUUAUUUGGACAGGUAUUUACUGCGUGAGGUAGACGCCAAAGUGUUGUCUGUGUUGAUUGACGUGCUUGUGGAUUUAUUACUGACGUUGGGUAUCAACUUUGUUGCCAACUUUGUUCCUUACUACUUCCAUUGGCAAUUAGCUCUCAACCAAAGUUCAAUCGAACACCAAGACAAAGUCAAGGAUACAGUGGCACAUAUCGUGAUGUACUACUCACUCCGGUCGUUGGAUGCCAUGUACCCUACGGAACUUCAAGGUUACGUUUCCAAAUCUUCAUUCUAUGCCAACUUUUUGGUGGACAUCGAGUACCGUAAGUUGAAUGGAUUAUGGGUGGAACAGUUGCUGGCACAUCCCACCAACUUUGAAGUAAUGAAGAAUCUGAACCCCAAGAGUCACCAAGACCGCAAUGGAGUCCUUCGUUUCAAUACGUCUCGCAAAGCAAUACAAGACUUUGUGAAUGGAAACGGGUUUACGGCAACUUGGAUCAACGUGAACAGAUUACUUCGUCUUGAAAUUCAAAAACAUUCCCACAAUGAACUGCCCUCAAAUAUUCCAGUGUUUUCUGAAGCGUCAAGCUUUAGUGAAAGUGGUUCGAGUUCAUCGUACCGUCGUGCUGGUUUGGGACUCGGCAAUGCCAAUGAUAUUACAUCAAUUCAUUCCGAGCUCGUCCACAAUUAUCAGAAUAAUGGUCGCAACCAUUAUGACUACAGUAAUGGGUCAGUCCUCACGUCAGAGCAGCCCCGUUUCUUCAACUCUCCACGGGUGGCUGACUUGAAGGAGCUGAUUUUUGAACACAAGGGCGGCAACAAAAUCCUGAACGAUUUCGUAUUCAACUCCACUUCGUCGAUCGCCAGUGCCAAAAUCAAACCAAAUGCCGGAUCUAUAUUGUCUAAGCUGAUGAUGACUGCGAACGUCAAUGACAUCGUCAAAGAUUUCGACAGCGACGACGAGAUUGUCGUCUAG